CUUUUUGGCCGCGCCCAAAUUGCAUCGCCUCCAUGACUCGAGCUGGCGAGGCGCCUGGACGCGGGCCUUCCCUGCGCCACCACAUCUCCGACCCGUCUACCCAUGCUCCUGUUCCGUCAAGCGGCGCGGCGGCUUCGGCGUGAUCUCCUGCCGGCGGCUCUUCUUCGUCUGCUUGGGGGAAGCGGGGUGGCAGCGCCCCUUCACUCUGUGGUCAGAGUUCGUCCCCGCGUGCUGCGGCUCUAGGCCAUCAACUGGUGCCAUGAUCCGCUUCUGAUCCCCGCUUGGAUGGGGAUUUCUUUCUGAAGUUUAUUGUCAGAUGUAUAUGAUAGACAUGAUUUCUGCUGUCCAAGACCUUAGUGGGCUGACCACUAGGGAACUUAGUGAGAUGCUCAAGGAGUCCGACAGCUUCGCCUUGCAGUCCAAGGCGCAAGCCGGAGGUCCAGAGCAGGUGCUUAUUAGCUACAAUCUUCACACCUAUUUCAGCCGCCCUUUCGCUGACACGUCUUCUCUCCAGGUGGACAUGGAGAAGCUUGUGUCAUCGCUUCCUCUCCAUCUUCUUGCUGUAAGUUUGGAUAUCGGAAGAGGUUCAGAUUUGACAUAUGUGCUCCGUGCCGUGCGCUUUUUGCAUUGUUUGUCUGAGCUAGCAACUCGCCACACCAAGCUCGAGCAGGUUCUUCUGGAUGAUGUGAAGUUAUCUGAACAAGUUAUGGACCUGAUAUUCUUUCUGCUAUCCGUUCUGUCCCACUGGAAGAAGGAAGAUCAUCUCGGCGCUUCUCCCUUCAUACAUUCAUCACUUGUAGCAGGAAGUCUUCAUCUGAUGACAAGUUACUUCUCAUCUCAGUGGCAUGAGCUUGUUCAUAUUCUUCUUGCACAUCCAAAGGUUGAUAUCUUUAUGGAUGUAGCCUUUGAUAGUCUGCACGAAGAUAUGAGGUUAUUGAGUGUCAGGCUAUCGACAUUGGGCACCAAAGCCUUUCCUGUUGGCCCUUUUGACUCACAACUCACUUACUUCAUAUGCCAACAGUGCGAAGCAUCAUUGCAAUUUCUUUUGUCACUGUGCCAGCAGAAGUUAUUCCGAGAUCGUAUUUUAAAAAACAAGGAGCUCUGUAGAAAUGGAGGCAUACUGUCACUCUCGUUUACGAUAUUGAAGUUAGGUGUUCCAGAAUGGCUGAAAGGAUCAACUGAUAUUGCUUCUUCCAUUUCCAGACAGAAGGCUAAAAUCCUUUCUAUCUUGUUACAACUGUGUGAAUCUGAAAGUAUUUCUUACCUCGAUGAAGUCGCCACUUUGCCAAAGAGCAUGCAACUAGGGCUGGAGGUUCUUGAUUUGCUGAAGAUCGCAUUUGGAAGAAAACAAAAACCUGCUGCCGGUUCCCAUGAUAAGAGUUACCCCAUGGGUUCUGUGCUUAUCAGUGCAUUGCGUCUCGUUGACGUCUUUUCUGAUGAUUCAAACUUUAGAUCUUCCUUCAUAACUAAUACUAUUCCCUUUCUGACGCAAAUUUUGGCGACUCCUCAUGAUGAGUUUGUCUCAAGUUGGUGCUCUGUCGAUCUGCCAGUGAUGGAAGAUGAUGCUAAUCUGGAUUAUGAUCCAGUUGGUGCAGCUGACCUGGCACUGUUAGCUGCUUCAAAUAUGCUGACUGAAGCGAAAGUUAACUAUUCAUGCAAUUUUCGCUCUAUCAGCAUGCCUUCAAUACAAUAUGCACAGACAAGAACAUCCUGUGUGGUGAAAAUAAUAGCAAAUUUGCACGUCUUUGUUCCAAACAUAUGCGAAGAGCAAGAAAGAGACCUCUUUCUUCAGAAAUUUCAGAAAUACUUGUUAUCAGAGAGUCCCAAGCCAUCAUUGGACCAUCCAGCAGCCGAUGAGAUCACCAUAGUUUGUACAAACUUGGGAUCUUUGUCCCAUUAUGCUAAAUCAUUAAUCCCUGGUAACUUGUUAAAUGAGGAAGAUGUGCAACUAUUAAGUGAUUUUUCUUAUAAGUUGCAACGUUGGUGUAAAUCGCAAGUUGGACAGAGAAUAUCGCAGGUGGCAAAAAGUGACGUCACAUCAGAAAUGAAGGUAGACUUGCAACCGUUGCAGCAGCCCCAGCCAGCAAGGGCUAGUGUUCCAGAUCCCAAUAUGGAUGGCCCUCCUAAGCAGGAUGUGCAAAACAUUGAAGAGUCUAUGGCGACGCCCCCCAUGAGACAAGAUGGAAAUGCUAGGGAUGAGACUCCAAGAAACCGUGCCACUACAAAUGGUGGGGUCCUGCAAAAUUCAGUCGGUCAGAACCUAAUCCAUCUUGGCGUUGCGAGAACGACUAGCGCAGGCUAUCCGGGUACCAGUACUGCUACCAGCAUGGAGGUCCCACGCUGCAGAAGUGUAGACCAUUUCAAAACACCAGAACCUACCAAGGAAAGUUGUCUCCGGGACGAGGAUGAGAGGCAGCCUGGUAGGAGAGGAAAGAAGCGAACUAUCAUGAACGACGGGCAGGUAAAUGAAAUUGAGAAUGCUCUGGUUGAUGAGCCCGAGAUGCAUAAGAAUGCCGCUUCCCUUCAGACAUGGGCAGAGAAGCUGAGUGGGCAGGGUGCAGAGAUCACAUCAUCGCAACUAAAGAAUUGGCUGAACAACAGAAAAGCUAAGCUUGCUCGUAUCGCGAAAGAAAGAGGAGUGCCAUACGAGGGCGAGGGUGCUGACAAGUCAUCUACACCAGCUAAUUCUCAGUUGGGUGACUCCUCAGAGAGUGCCGGCGAGGAGAGCUACUUGCCGCCUUCAAUGGUGCUGAAUGCUCUAGGCUUAUCCAACUCCAAGGGCAGCAGCAGGCUCGUUACCCCAGACUCCAGCGAGCCAAGUACACAAGACAUGAUGACGAGCCGCCCGUUCACAAGAUCAUUGUCAUUCGAGCCUGGCCGCCCCGUUCUGCUGAUUGACAACGAAGGGAAUGAAAUCGGCAGGGGCGAGAUCUUCCAGGUUGAUGGCAGGGCCCAAGGGAAGAGCCUGGCAGAGAGCCACAUCUGCAUCAUCGACGUCACCGAGCUCAAGGUUGAGAAAUGGAGGGAACUCCCCCACCCUUCCGAGGCGUCGGGAAGAACAUUCCAGGAGGCGGAGUCGAGGCAUGGCGGCGUGAUGAGGGUUGCCUGGGAUGUUGUCAGGCUCACUCCGGUGGCGACGUAGGGUGGUUUGUUCCCUUUUGUGGUGUCGGGAAUGUAGAAAGAAGCUGACGUCGGCCCCGUCUGGCUGGGCAUUGAGAAGGUACAAACAGCAAGUAGAGAGAAGCUUCCUGUCAAUCUAGGAUCUGAAGCCAGGAAUGAAUGGUGGCUCUUAUUGUAACUAGUGUUUGGUGAAAGCUAGCCUCCCUGUCAUCUGUCAAAGACUCUAUCCUUAUGUUGCAGCCUCUUCUUAGGGUUUACUAAUUCUGAUAUAUCCGUCGCAACGCUGGUAUGUUGCCAUGUGACGUACAAACAAAUUUAUCUUUUCUGAUAACUGAGAAUGUUGAUAAGAAACAUGCACCGGGAGUUCUUUGA